UCAUAACCUCACUUUUCAGUGAUAGCGCGUUGUCAACAAGAACAAACUCGAGUGUGUUUUGUGUUUUCCGAGAAUUUUUCAAAUUUUCACUUAAUAUUGUGAUGUUCCUGAUAUAAUCUCGCAUCUGCAAUCACCACGAAAAGAUUCAGAAAUCAAAUCAGUGAAAAUCAUGAAUACCCAGGCCCGAGACUUUCGGAAUCUCAAGACUUGUGUGCAGGAAGAUCGACUUGGACAGGUAUCAGUGUCCUCCGUGGUUGAUAUCUGCAAAUCUUAUGCUCAAUCCGAAGGCACGAUUGAUGGGAAUAUAGAAGUGAUUAAUUUCUUCUUUACCACGCGAGGUAUUGCCGACAAAAUACUCUUGGAGCAGGCUCAGAGCAUUCUCCAAACAUGUCUUCCGCAUAUCCGGAAAUUUGUCAGUCAAAAUCUCAAUUCCUGUCUAAAGGAUAAUUUAAUUGAUAUUCUUGACAAGAUUCUCAUAAUCAUUGAAACUCUACAGAAUACAGUACAAUUUUUUACCAGGAAAUUCAAUUGGACGAAUUAUCAUCUGACCCUCAAGGAUUUUUACAUAAACAUCCUUAGUAUCCUCACGGAUAUCUUUGUGUUCUUCAAGAAAAGAAGCGAUUCCAGAGAUUCUCCUUAUAAUAAUAUCAGACAACUGAUUGAAAAAUUGAUUAAACAAGUUUCUGAGCUGUAUAUCUUCAUCCUGGGAAAGUUAUCUAGCCCAGAAAUAACAUAUUUUGUUGAUUUUACCACCUCAGAGAGAGAAUUUCUCAUCGAAAUCUUGAAAAUCCUUUUUUUCAUUGGAGAAAUUACACCAUCAAUUAAUCCAUCCCUCUGGACAAAUACUUGGAAAAAUACUCAUAAAAUUAUCUCUGCUAACAAAAAAGAGCUACAGAAGGACGUGAAAGGAUCAGUGGAGUGCUUACAGGCACCUAUCAAGUUUAUUUGCCAACAAAUCCGAGAAAAAAUCCGGGAUGUUGUACAGAGAAAUCCGGCAAAUACUCAGGAAAUCCUCAAAAUUACUGCAUUCUACCUCUCAAUAAUUACGAAUAUCAUUGAAUUCUUCCCUGGAGACCUUCUUCCGCAUUCCUUCAUGAUUCUCGAGAAUCUCUUCUAUCUACAAUCUGUAAAGUUCCUAGUGAAGUCAGACAGAGCUGAAGAGAUCAACAAAAUAAUCACGACACCCUUCAUGAAGAACAUUGGUACUCUGCGAAAGAAUACGCAAUUCAUCGAGUGCCUGUUGAAUGCAAAUUACUCCCAUGACUCAGAACGUUACGCUUUCCUUAUGAUUAGCCUGGAAAUGCUGAAAGCGAUGAUUAAAGACAAAAAUUUAAAGGAUCAGGAGACAGCAGAAAAAUCAGAAGUGAUUCAAAAAAUCUUCUCAGUCAUCCCGAAAUGUAAGUUAUUCUUUGAAAACUUCAAGCAUUUUUAACGUAAAUAUAAUCCCAGAAAUAUUUUUGUCUCUUCGGGUUCUCUUACUAGUUAAACCUAAAUCAUUAAAAACUUAAAAUAUUGGCAAAAAACGAACAAA